UAACGACAGGUACAUAGAGUGACGUCACCAUCUCCUCAUCCUCUCAGCCUCAGUCUGUUUACUCUUCCUCUUCCUCUUCCUCUCUCAGUCCGGUACCGGAGCAGACAUUUAUCACUGUGUGGACGGAGGAUCUGCAGCCCUGUAUACCACCCAGGAGAACGAGCUCUUCAUCAUGAACUGUGACAUAGACGGAGACAUGGAGAACCAGGUGGAGAUGGAGGAGAAGACCAGGUUAAUAAACCAAGUCCUGGAGCUUCAGCACACACUGGAAGAUUUGUCAGCGCGAGUCGACGCUGUCAAGGAGGAGAACCUGAAGUUAAAGUCUGAGAACCAGGUUCUGGGUCAGUACAUCGAGAACCUCAUGUCGGCCUCCAGCGUCUUCCAGACCACCGACACCAAGAGCAAACGGAAGUGAGGUACCCCAGAAAAAAAACAACCCCGAAGACCCAGCAGCUGGGAGAGGAAACCCCCCACCGCUCUGGUUCUCUGGUUCUCUGGUUCUCUGGUUCUCUGGUUCUCUGGUUCUCUGUUCCCUUCCAGCUCCUUUACCUGAGUCACAACUAACAGUUUAAUAAUCCCAAACAGAAACUGACUUCCUGCUGAGUCCUGCUGGCUCAGAAAUAGAUGAAUCUAACGUUAGUCUGGCCCGGGAGUGUUUUAUUGAGCUCCAGACGAGGUAGAAUCCCCCUUUAAUCACAGAAACACUAAAACACAAGCGGAUCAUGUAAACCUCGUGGUUAUUAAGGGUCAUUUGUACCUGAGUUUUUCCUCUUAAAGCUCUCCGUCAGAGUCCUAUCUGUAAAAUAAUUCUCAGCUCUGCUUUACCUGCUUGGUUUCCUGUUUGAUUCAGAUAUUUUGUGGUUUUUUUCCACCUUGAAACUGACCUGUAAGUGGGAGAAAACAACCCUUAAUAUAAUUAUUCCAAAUACUGUUUGUUUGUCCAUGAACAUAACUUCAACUCUGGUUUAUUUUCUAUUAUUAUUUAUUUUUGUAAAGUAUUUUAUACGUCAGCUGGAUCUGAGUUUUUGUUGGGUAGCUCUUGGAUGUCAUCAUGUCUAUAAAGCAUCAGGCCAACUGAACAGUAUUAGAAUGACAAAAUGUAUCUGGAUCGCAUGUACGACUUCUUUUACUUUGAAAGUCUAAAUAGUGACAUGUCUCUAAAUCAAUAAUCACUAGAUUACAGAUGGUUUAAAGCUACUUGUAGAGGACUUUGUAACAAUAGUAGGUGGAUGCUCGGUAUAUAUGUAAAAGCACAGAGAAACUAACCUCCAUCAGACUGUAAAUCUGAACUAACAUCAGUGAUGCAUUUUUAAAUCACAAUGACACAUUUCUGUUCUGUACUUAAAAGUAUUUGUAACCCUUUCAGUUUAAAAUGUCAUGAAUGAGGCUUAAUAAUGUAACGUAAAGGCCUUUACACUCCGGGGCA